AUGGACUUACAUGCGCAUCAUAACGCACAUAUGUCCGAGGGCAGAGCCCAUUCGACCACCGGGGUUGAUCCACAUGCGCAACACAAAAUGAGUAUGAUCGGCAGCCAUUCGAUGUCUAUGAAUCAUGGUAUGAAGAUGUACUUCAACACGGAUGCGCCAUUCUACCUCUUGUUCGAACCCUGGUAUAUCGACACGCCCGGAAAAUUGGUUGGUGCUUUUAUUGGUAUCUUCAUUUUGGCAUCGUUUUACGAAUGCUGUGCGGCGCUUCGGGAAAAGCUGCUUCUGAAGGCUGCUUGUCGUGAUCGAUGCCCUACGGUGGUUGACGAUAGUAAUACAACUCCUCUGGCUGGCCCUUCCUGUCCGUCAUGUCCUGUGUCAUCGAACGAUACUACCAAGGGAUUAGUAGAACCAGGCAAUGCUGGGGAAUCUUCGCAUUCUCGUCUCUUGAUUACUCUUCGAUUGCGUCAGUUUGACAAGCGUCCUCCGGUCAAAUUGUUCGACGGACUACACAUGGUACAAACACUGCUACAUCUAAUUCAUAUGUUUAUAGCCUACAUGCUCAUGUUGGUUGUCAUGACCUACAACGUCUACAUGUUGGUUGCCGUUAUAUCUGGUUUCACUCUGGGUUACUUUGCGUUCGCUCGACAACGUCCGCUGUUACUUCGAUCUCACACCUGUUGCCAUUAGCGCCAAGCCUUCGCUCCGCAACUCCAGCGCAGAUUCAUAACAAUUUAGUGUGAAUUCCAAUAUGUGCCCCGUUUUCCCCUAGUUUUGUGAUUUGUUCCGUCUCGGCAGUUUUUUUUCUUCUGAACACCCGCCCCCUGGUUACGGUCACCACUAAUUUCCCUUUAUUAUGAUUUCCAUGUUAUGUUCCGGGUGUGACCCAUAGCGCCUUAUGAAUCCAGUGGGCCCACACUAUCAGAUCGUCCUAUGAUUUUCUCGUGCAUGGGGAUGUAGCCCCAUGAUUGACUUAAUGCUGCUACAAUCCCGAUUCGUAUUGUGAACCAAUCCUGUCGUCCAUCCAUUCGUCCCUACCCAGUCAGGGACGUGAGCUUAUGUUGUACACAUGCAAAUCGUCCGGUGAUGUCAGUUGCUCCCGCUAUCAUAUUCUUGUUUAAUGCUG